AUGAAAAAUACUAACAUUAAUAACAACUCAAACACAAAUUUAAAUAAAAACCCAGGUCCUAAUCAACCACGCAGUACAUUUACACCAAACGAAGAUGCAGAACGAAAUCAGGGUAACUUAACUUCUUCAAACACGGAGCUGUAUGAACCAAAUGCACGAAAAAUACAUAUAACUGACCAAACCCUUCACUACGCAAUCGAACAACAUCUUCCACCCAUUAAGGUGAUCUGUGAACCAAAAAUAAAACAUGAAAACGAAGCCAAAAGUCUUCUCAAAGAACUCCUUUCGAAAAUUAACCAGAAAUUUAUCGAACUGAAUCCAAAAUAUUCUCAACCAGUGGCCUUCGACUAUUGGUACAUUGACCGCGACGGAAAUCUAUCGUGUUUCACAAAGAAAAUCGAAUUAUUCGUCUUUCUCUGUGAUGGAUCAAACUAUCCAAACAGAAUUUCAAACACGUGUGUCCAUCCGGUACCACCAAAACGUCUACCACCGCAAUGCUCAGUCAUACUCAAAUUCGUGCCAAACAAUAUUACAACUGAAGAGUUGGAAGAAGAAGUAAAAUCGAAACUUCGAUCGGUUUUCAAAAUUGAUGAAAUGCGCGGUACACGGGCAAACAAAAGCCGUCACAUACGGCUAGACUUAACAGACCACAACGAAUACACUCAACUACUCGACGGCGAGGCACUAGCAAUAGCCGGUCAACUUAUCGAAGUUGCUGAAUUCUUAGCACCACCCAGAUUGCUGAUCUGCUCUAAAUGUAACACACCCGGCCAUAUAAAGAAGAACUGUAUGCUAAACUACGAAAGAUGCAGAAGAUGCGGAGGCGACCGAAAGCAAGGUGAACAUAUAGCAUGUACUCUUCAAUGUCAUCACUGCAAGGGUGAACAUGAAGCAACAUCAUUCCAAUGUCCAAAUAUAAACGAAUUUCGCUGUCAAUUGAUUGAACAACUAAAAGAACGACCUGAUCUUCUACCUUACAACGUACAACUAUUUAUACCUACAGAACUUAGAAACAAAAAUCAAAGAAACAACCAUAUACUAACAAACAAUACAUCAAACACACAAACGCAAAGACAACAACAGCAAAACGAACGGAACUACUUAUACCAAGAAAAUGAAUGGCCACAACUUGAAGGCGGAAUGAGCAACAUGUAUCCAUCAUCGAUGAAAUGGUCUUCCCCACAUACAGAUUCUAGCGCUCUAUGGAAUGAAAUGCGUAAAACACAAAACCAGCUUGACACUCUGAAGAAAAAGUACGAACAACAAGAGCAGACCUUCACAAUGAAACUCAAGGAACAACAAUUGAAGCUAGGUUCAAUUCUCUCACUGAUAUCGGUGCAAGUCCAACAACAGCACGAAAGUUUAAACUCGUUAUUUGCAAUUAUCAAAGAAGUUGUCCCAAUGGUAACCAACGCACUAACUAUUUGCCAACAACUUGCCGCAAAAACCACGCAGUCCGCAUCAGAUCCAAUCCAAAAAAACAACAUCGAACUUCUAGGACAGCAAGUGCACUCAUCAAUCGAAUACAUCAACAACCAACACGAACUUAUCACACAGAAACAAUUGGAAUUAUUAAACUAUUUCGAGAAGAACACACAGAUGAUGAAACGCGGCAUCGAACUUCUAUCAUCAGAUGUAUGUAAUUCAUUUUCUGUCUCUCCUACUGAAAAACGUAUACUGACGCAAAUGAUCAGCGAAUGGAAUGCUCGAACAUGUGUAUCCGACCUAUGCACGAAAUGGCGCAAGGAACGCCCCGCUGCUUCUAAUGAUUCCGGUCUACUAAUCCUCCUAUACAAUGUGGAGGGAUUAAAUACACACAUACCAGACGUUGACAUACUUUUAAACGAGCACAAGCCUAAUAUAUGUAUCCUCACCGGAGUUGGUGCCGCAACGAGAAAGCUUCCCGAGUUCAAUGGCUAUACGGGAAUAUCGCAAAUCGGAACGAACUCCUUUGGUGGAGUCGCGAUAUUACACGACAAUUCACUAAGAUGCAAAUUAGUCGACAAAGAACUCAAUUUUCUUGCAAUAGAAGUUGAAACAGCUUCUGAACCGAUCACUAUCGCAGCAAUAUACGUCCCUCCGGGAUCGCUACCACCAUUCGAUAUCUUCAACAAAUACAAAAACAAAGAAUUCUUUAUCUUUGGCGACUUCAACGCCAAACACACUACGUGGAGCUGCAAAGAGAACAAUACAAGCGGAACUCACCUAUUCAAUUGGUUAGAGGAAACUGGGAACGAGAUGAUCAAGCCAGAAAAAGCAACCUCACGUCGUUCAGAUGCUAUUAUCGACUUCGGAGUUACGCAAGACGCUACUGGUUGGAACUCAGAAGUGCUACACGACGGUACAUCUGAUCACUGGCCAGUCCUCUUUCAAGCACCUAUUAUGAUCGAUAAAAAUGCUUUUUUCCGUCAAACAAAUUGGAACUUAUUUACCUUCUUUCUAUCUGCUACGUUCGAAUAUUGGAACGCGCUCGUUUAUAACUUCAAUGCAGAGGAGUUUUUCACACUUUUUUCACUAUUUCUUCAAGCGCUAUACGACCGAUGUAGCAUAUUCAAAACAAUUGACAAAUACAGGACGCCGUGGCCUCCUNUGUUCGAUUAUUAUUUCCCUCUUUGA